AUCAUUACAGCACUUACGACCAAGUUGCGACUGUGUUAUGAUUAUCACUGCAUGAUUUUAAUGGAUACGUUUAUGAUUUUAAUCUAAUUAAAAACAAAGCAUAACAAUGUCUCUAGCUGAUGAGCUUUUAGCCGAUUUAGAAGAGGGAGGUGAAGAAUUAGAAACUAUCGACGAAGAUGAUGAGGAAUCAAUUAACGACGUUGUUGAUGAUAUCGGCAUGUACAGCGAUCGCCAAGUCGCUGGUUCCAAUGUUCGUAGUGUUGCAAAACUGAAAGAUAGUAAAGAACUAGCAAAAAUUCUUCAAGACAUAGAAGAGUACUCAGCCAAGCCAAAAAGAAGUGCAAUAGCUGGACCAGUAGAGGUUGACCCUGAAUACAAGCUGAUUGUUGAUGCCAAUAACAUGACAGUUGAAAUUGACAAUGAGAUCAAUGUUAUUCACCAGUUUGCGAAAGAUAUUUAUUCCAAACGAUUUCCAGAAUUAGAAUCAUUAGUACCAAUGCCUCUUGAAUAUAUCUGUACAGUGAAAGAACUUGGAAACAACAUUCUUGAACGAUCAAAGAAUAAUGAAAUUCUUCAAGAUAUUUUAACUCCAGCCACAAUAAUGGUGGUAAGUGUUACCGCAUCCACAACACAAGGAACCGAGUUAUCAGAGAAGGAUUUAGCAUCUGUAAUGGAAAGCUGUGACAUGGCUAUUGAAUUAAACAAAAGUAAAACAAAAAUAUUUGAAUAUGUUGAGUCAAGAAUGACAUUUAUUGCCCCUAAUUUGUCUAUAAUUGUGGGCGCAUCAAUAGCUGCUAAACUGAUGGGAACAGCUGGUGGGCUUACUAAUCUUUCCAAGAUGCCAGCCUGUAAUGUCAUGCUGUUAGGGAGUCAGAAAAAGACACUUGCUGGUUUCUCUAGCACAAACAUUCUACCACACACUGGUUUCAUCUAUUACAGUGACCUUGUUCAGAAAAUGCCACCAGAAAUGAGAAGAAAAUCCGCUAGGGCGAUUGCGGCUAAAUGUACAUUAGCUGCAAGAGUGGACAGUUUUCAUGAAAGCGUUGACGGAGCAGCAGGUGACAGAUUUAGAGCUGAACUUGAUACUAAAAUGGACAAGAUGACAGAGCCUCCUCCUGUCAAAUUUUCAAAACCUCUUCCUGCUCCCAUUGAACAGUCUAAGAAAAAGCGUGGUGGUAGACGAGCAAGAAAAAUGAAGGAGAGAUUAGGUCUGACAGAGUUGAGAAAGCAAGCCAACAGAAUGAACUUUGGUCAGAUAGAGGAUGAUGCCUAUCAGGAUGACCUUGGUUUCUCAAUGGGAACAAUGGGGAAAUCAAACUCUGGUAAAAUCAGAGGAGCACCUGUGGAUGCAAAGACAAAAGCUAGAAUCUCCAAGACAUUACAGCAGAAAUUGAGCAAGCAAAAUCAAACAUGGGGUGGAAGUACUACAGUUAAAAAGACGGUGGAAGGUACAGCAUCCAGUGUUGCAUUCACACCCUUGAAGAACUUGGAGAUUUUCAACCCACAUGCAGCCGAGACCAAAGUUCAACAGACAACACAAAAAUACUUUUCAACCACUGGCUCCUUCUUAAAAGUUAAGAAAGAAGCAGGCAAAAUGGGACCACCACCUCCACCAGGAUCUUCGGGGUCUAAGUGAUCACAGGAAAGAUUCUUGUCUGGAUUGAUACUAAGUGGUUAACUGGUGUUUGAUUCACAAGGCAGAACCCUAAAAACUUAGCUCGUAAAGUAAAUUUUAAAAAUUUAAGAGCCAUUUUUCACUUCUGGAUCUUUUGAAAAAUAACCAUAUACAUGUGGAGAAUGUGUAGGAAAGCCUUAAUGUGAAUUUGGUAAUAUUAAUUCAUACAUCUGUAGUUAAAGAUCUAAAAUACUCUUUUAAAAAUAAUGCCCCCUUCUCAUAGAUGAUUGGUGUUUUUUUCAUUUGCCAUAAUCCUUGGGAUUAAAAUUUAAAUAUAGAGACACACUGCAUCAAAAUCUCCAAUUUGUCCAUUUUUAUACGGAUUUUACUAUUGAAAAUCAACAUUGAGAGUUAGUGCUUUUUCUAACAGUGGUGAAAUAAGGUUACAAAUGUUUGAAUACUUCAGGUGAAAUAAUUUUUUUCACCACUAUGGUUUGUUGUUGUUAAUCUGUAAUUACACGCAAUUAAAGAAUAUGUAAUGGUAUAAUGUUUUUUGUUCUUGGUUGUCACUAAUAUUAGUAAUAACAUCAAGCCAUUGUAAAAUUCAUGACAUUUUAGUUUUUGCUAUAAUUCUUUAAUACCGGUACUAUAUUACCUGUUAAUGCUUUUCUGGAUCGGUACCAAUACAGUUUUAGUUCUUUAAAAAGUUCACAUAGUACAAGUAUAGAUUUAGAAAGCAACAACACCAAAUUGGCUCUGGUGUAUAUCAAUGUAUUCAUGGGGAAAGUGAAACCAUCUUUUUAAGAGACAAUAAGCUGAAGGCAAAUGGAAGUAGUAUUAUAUUUUUUUUCCCUACAUGCGGACUAUCCCCAUCAUAUUUUAUAAUCAAAUGACUAAUUAGAAAUAGAACCAUAAGCAAAUAGCAAAACUAAACUUAUGAUUAUUGGUCUUCAUUAUAUCAUAGAAUUUAAAAAAUAUACCUAAA